AUGGCUAUCACCACAAGCCUUGCGGAUGCUGCCACUGCCGCCCUGGGGCUUCCCAGACCAGCUAGGGUGAACCUCACCAUGCUCUUUGAUAUUCCUGGAGAUGGUGAGCCCUUGGGCCAGGUCUCCUUCAAGCUGUUAGACAAAGUUCCAAGGACAGCAGAAAACUUUUGUGCUAUGAGCACUGGGGAGAAAGGAUUUGGUUACCAAGGUUCCUGCUUUCACAGAGUUACUCCAGGAUUUAUAUGCCAGGGUGGUGACAUCCCACGCAGCAGCAGCAUAGGUGGCAAGUCAAUCUACGGGGAGAAAUCUGAUCAUAAUUUCACCCUGAAGCACACAGGUCCUGACAUCCUGUCCAUGGCAAAUGCUGAACCCAACACAAACAGUUCCCAGUUUUCCAACUGCACUCCCAACCCUGAGUGGCAGGAUGGCAAACAUGUGGCCUUUGGCCAGGUGAAAGAUAUCAUGGAUGUUGUGGCAGCCAUGGAGUGCUUUGGGUCCAGGAGUGGCAAGACCAGCAAGAACAUCACCAUUACUGACUGUGGACAAUGCUAAUAAAUUUGACUUG